AUGGCCAUUCCGAAUCUGUCAGCUCUCCCAGCUGUGAAGACGCUCGAAGAAUGCGCCGACUUCUCCCAGACCGUCAAACCGUUCCUCCCGCAGCUCUACGAGCUUCCCAAUAAGAUACUGGACAACAUUACCAAUCCUCAGGCCCUACUACACGUCUACGUCGAGACAAAUCCCCUUAUCUUCGGGUUUGCCGUCUCCAUCUUCCUCGCCGCCGUCUUCCUCGUGGUUGCCGAGUUGAACAGGAAUUGGUCUCAGGUCGACCGCGCCUGGAGCAUUCUGCCCAACCUUUACAUCGGCCACCUUGCUCUUUGGGCCCGUCUCGCCGGCGUUCCGAGUGAAAGGAUUGAAUUUGUCCUUGCGGCAACGACUCUAUGGAGUGCACGCUUGACGUACAACUACGCCCGUAAAGGAGGCUACAGCAUCGGCAGUGAAGACUAUCGCUGGGUCAUCGUUCGCAGCAAGGUUCCCGCCUGGGCCUUCUUCAUCCUCAGCGUCACCUUUAUUGCCUUCAUCCAGAGCAUCCUUCUCUUCGCCCUCUCUGCUGGCCCCGGCUACAUCAUUCUGCUCACCUCCUAUUUCGAACCCGAAGUAAACACGUCCGAUUCUGCCUACUGCAUGAUCAUGCUCGCUCUCGUGGUUUCCGAGUACAUCAGCGACGGCCAACAGUGGGCUUAUCAAGAGGCCAAGCGCCGCUAUCUCAAGGAUGCCAAGGAUGCCAAGGUGCCCGAAGGAUACACUCAGGCCGAUCUCGACCGAGGCUUCAUCACCUCGGGUAUGUGGUCCUACAGCCGGCACCCUAAUUUCGCCGCCGAGCAGCUCAUCUGGUUCGUCCUCUACCAGUGGAGCUGCUACGCCUCCCGCGUCAUCACGUCCUGGGCCUUUGGCGGCAUCGUCUCCCUCAUGUUGAUUUUCCAGGGUUCCACUUGGCUCACCGAGCGCAUCUCCAAGGGCAAGUAUUCUGAAUACAAGCACUAUCAGGCCAACGUGGCGGCUUUCAUGCCAACCACUUUGGCGCCGUAUAAGCCCGCGGGCCCCCCGCAACCAAAGAUUAUUAAGACCAGCGAGCUGGCGGAAAAGCAAAGCAAGAAGCAGAAACGAUCGAAUUAA